CUCAAGCCUCUUCUCUUCAUUCUGAUUUCUGAGGCGACAGUUAUUUCAACUACCAAUAUCUUCUACCUCACUCGAUCUCUCAUUCAAUCUUCUGAUCCUAUAAUUUUCACUAAUUAUGGCAGAAGAAGCAGCUAAGGAUGUGGCCGAGGAUAAAGCCAUCGUUCCAUUAGCUCCUCCUCCUCCUUCUGAAGAAGAAGAAAAAGACAAACCCGAUGAUGACUCAAAAGCUCUAGCCAUCGUCGAAACUAAAGCACUAGUACCUGUUGAGAAAAGAGGAUCUGUUGACAGAGAUGCAACUCUUGCACGAUUUACGACAGAGAAGAGGUUGUCCCUAAUCAAAGCAUGGGAAGAAAGUGAGAAAUCAAAAGCUGAAAACAAAGCUCAGAGAAAGCAAUCUGAAAUCCUUGCAUGGGAGAACAGCAAGAAAGCAAGCUUGGAGGCAGAGCUCAAAAAGAUUGAGGAGAAAUUGUUGAAAAAGAAGGCAGAGUACAUUGAGAGAAUGAAAAACAAGAUUGCUCUACUCCACAAGUCAGCAGAAGAGAAGAGAGCGAUAAUUGAAGCUAAACGUGGAGAAGAUCUUCUUAUGGCAGAGGAGACAGCAGCAAAACACCGUGCCACUGAAACUUCUCCAAAGAAAACUCUCCUUGGUUGUUUCUGAAGUGGCAAAAUAUCAGUUUGAUAUACAUUAUUGGUCGUAAACAUUGUAUAGUGAAGUGUGCGGACUUGGAAUUUCUUUGCAUUAGAAACAACAUUGUGAGAUUAUGCUCCUGGAGAUAAUUAUCUGUCAAACUGUAUUGAAAAAACUUGAAAGAAACCUUCCAUGUUAGCAAUA